AUGAAUUCUUCCUUACCUAUAUCUUCCCGACGGACUGACAACUUGACGCGCACGCGGAUUUACACAUCAUCUCGCAAACGGCACAAACCACCACCUUUGACCCUCCUAGAGAGUAUAGAUGAGGAUAGUGUUUCAGGAGCGUCCGAAUACUACGUCAAUCUUGGGGCGGAGACGCCCUGUAGCACCCCACCAAAUCUGUUUGAAACCACGGAGUUCGUGGAACGGUGGGCAGCUGCUGGCAUCGCGGUUCCGAAGCUUGUCCGGAAACCGUCGUAUCGCACUGCAAAUCCCGCUGGAAGCAGGGAUCACCAGAGGUCCAAGAUCCUCAGAGACGAGGUUGAUCGUGAUUGUGGCAUAUGCUUCGAAUACGCGGUCGAGCCGUUGAGAACGUUUUGCUGUGGAAAGAUAUUCUGCAAGGAGCAUCUCGAAGACUGGUUGCAUGGACCCAAUGCGGAGGGUCGGUGUCCGAAUUGCGAGAACGCUUGUUCGCUAGAGGGCGGUACCCUGUCUCUCGCCACACCUACCCUCAUCCCAUCUUCCAUUUCACGAUCCAAACAAACAUCCAUAACGUCUCUUCCCAAAGGCAAGCAGCAGAGUAAUGCCAUUCCGCUAUGCUAUUAUUCCUCAUCUCUCCUUUCUUACCUCAACAUCAAUCCCAACGACGCUUUGAAAGCAGAUGGAAAACGACAGCCUUGCGGUGGGGAUGCAGGGUGCACGUGUCUACCCUCUCCAGUGCUGCCUGCACGCGAAUACAAGGGCGUGCCCUCGACCAAAGUCCAGGAACGCACCGCCGUCGAGAAACGUAAAACAUCUUCCCCUUCCAACGGCAAACUCGAAACCCUGGCCGCAGCCAGCACGACCCCAUAUGCUUCGUCAUGGGGAGCCAUGGGCCGGCUCAUGAGCACCGUCACGUUCCUCAUGUUCCUCUACAAACUUCUGUCAUGA